AUGGAGCUCGUUAACCACCUUGAAGACCGCCUGCUGUUCGCUGUUCCGAAGAAGGGUCGCCUUCAAGCUGCCACCCUUGACCUUCUCUCCGGCUCCGACAUCCAAUUCCGACGAGAAGCGCGCCUGGAUAUUGCGCUUGUGAAGAACCUGCCAAUUGCCCUGAUCUUCCUUCCUGCAGCAGAUAUUCCUACCUUCGUGGGUGAAGGAAAGGUGGAUCUAGGCAUCACUGGCCGUGACCAAGUGGCCGAGCACGAUGCAAAGUUACCCUUUGAUCAGCCAUCGACCGUGGAAGAGGUGAUGGAUCUUGGAUUUGGUAAUUGCAGGUUACAGGUCCAGGUACCGGAGAGAGGGGACCUGAAUGAUCCAUCACAGUUGACUGGCAAGAACAUAGUCACAAGUUUCACAGCACUAACGGAGGACUAUUUUGCAAAAUUGGAAGGCAUUGCUGGCGGAAGAAAAGAAAGCAUUAACAACACUGCCAGUCCAGUGCCGAACCUGAAGACACAAAUCCGGUUCGUAGGAGGGAGUGUUGAGGCUGCUUGCGCGCUUGGUGUUGCUGAUGGCAUUGUGGAUCUUGUUGAAUCGGGAGAGACGAUGAAAGCUGCUGGUCUUAAAGCUAUCGCCACAGUUGUGGAAAGCACAGCAGUACUAAUCAAGUCCAAGCAAUCUUCCAAUUUAAAGCUGGUUGACUUGAUUGCUGCGAGGAUAAAAGGCGUCAUCACGGCACAAAAGUACAUUUUGUGUCAAUACAACGUUCCAAGGUCGAAGUUGGCGCGUGCAACAAGUAUUACACCUGGCAAGCGAGCACCAAGUAUAACAACACUGGAAGAAUCAGAAUGGGUUGCUGUGAGCUCGAUGGUGGAAAAGAAGGAGAUCGCAACGGUGAUGGACAGGCUUACUGCUGUGGGUGCAACAGAUAUACUGGUUUUGGAAAUUGCCAAUUCGCGGACAGGAUGA